AUGGUUCUUGAUCAAUGUGCCAAGAGAAUUAUGCAAGCACGUGAACGAAGUGUUCAGUUUCUAACACGAUGGCUAACAUAAUGAUCGUGCUAUCACAUCUAAUUAUAAUCAUGCGGAUCAUAGCAGAAGUCAACAGCCGUCAUGCGAUUUCGCCGCCAAAAAACUAUAUAAUGGCUAGUGAGGACAAACGAUGGGCUAGUAAUCAAAUAAAGAAAGCAGAAAAUAAAUGUGAAGAAUACAAACAGUAUGCCUGCCAGUACCAAACACCCGAUAGAAAAUAUUCCGAUAAAGAUCCCAUACUGAACGGAGAAUAUGUUUCUGAAGGGAUGCUUCCUCAUAUGGCGUAUCUAUACAUUCGCACGGAAAAUACAAUCCUCCAGGUUAAGAUGAAUUCCAAGUCAAUUGCUGAAUGUACUGCUUCGUUGAUCAGUGAGAAAUUUGUGCUAACAGCUGCUCAUUGUAUUAGCUUUAUAGUUCCUGGCAUGGAAGUAAAAAUCAAACUAGGAAGCGUAUACAAAUCGAAUGAUGGUACAGGUCAAUGGUACGGUGUCGAUUACCUCUACAAACACCCGUACUACAAUCAUGAAUACUCGCUUCACGAUAUUGGCUUGAUAAAACUAUCAGAAACAGUGCGUUUCAAUUUUUAUGUGAGGCCGAUAUGUUUGAGUACAAAUUACGAUACUAGGCAGUACAGCAGUGCCACUGCCGCAGGAUGGGGUUGCACUGAAUAUGGAAAGACUGACUGCCUCAAAAUGGUUGAGUUACCCACCAGAGAAUCGACAUGUGACUUUAUAUUUCAAAACAAAAGCCAAACAUACUACGAUGUUGCCAAAUUAUACACCAUUUGUGCCGGAGGUACAUUAAAAGACACGUGCCAAGGUGACUCCGGAGGACCGCUGCAAGUUCAAAUAAACAAUGCGUGCCCAAACACUUAUGCACAAAUUGGUGUAACUGCAUCAGGAGCGGGCAACUGUUCGUUGAGCUCCAGUUUUAAUAUCGGUAUUUACACCAAAGUUGCACCUUACGUUCCUUGGAUUGCUAGCAUUGUUUGGCCAUCGUAAUCCGGCGAUCCUGGAAACCGUACGAGCACCGGAUGAUUUCAUCCACCAACACAUUUAAUUUGAUGUAAACGCAUCAUAUGUAUUUAAGGAAAAAUCCAAUGAGGUAUUCGUACAAUUGAUGAAAUUUAACUUAUUUAAAAAUACCAAAUGUUCAACAAAAUAUGUACAAGUGAUCAGAGUUGAGAAAAUAUUUUUUUUCAACAACUCUCUGAGUGGACUCUUUGUUUGAUUUUUUUCAAAAUGUGAGUUGAAAAUAUCGUGAAAUUACGAUAUUUUUUCGAAAGCUCUGAUCCGACUCUCUUCAACUCCUUUCAAAUCUUUUUUCAUACUCAUAUUCUUCAUUUUGAUCAUAAGUAAGCGAAAGAUUGUAAAAAUUUUCAAAUAGGAGAAUGUACAGAAAAAUUAUGCGGAUUACGAUAGUUGUUGAAAAAAAUGAAUUCCAGUCAUCAGCAGUUACUUUGAAAAUUAAGGAUUCUCUCAAUUCCCUCAAAAUGAUAAUCUAUGUAUUUUAAAUUUGAAUUUGAAUUUAGUAGUAGAAGAUGCAGAUGGAAACAAAAGGCUAAGUUGAUGAAAAUUAUACCUAAUAGGUACAAAAAAAUCUUGUCAUUUAAAAAAUUUCUCAGUUUCCUCUCACAUUUUUGAUUGAAGGAUGUAGUUUUUUUGAAAACUGCAUACGAAAAAAAGAGUAGCCUGAGCGAAGCGAUAGCAAAAGCUUUUGAAAUUUUAUAAUUCAAGACUGAAUGAACACUGAACAGAAGAAUGUAAAUAAUCAUACCUACUAAAAUUUUAAAAUUCAGAAUGUGGAGAUAGAUUCUGCACAUUACGAUGUACUUUUACAAGCACAUCUCCAUGUAUAAGAUUGUCACAUGCGCUAGCUACCUACUAAAGGCCUAGCAGUACCUAGCUUCUGAGAGCUUCGUAGGUACCUGGCGACUUACCACCUUGAUACCUACUUUUCGGACACUGAGUGUAUUUACGUAUUACAACACAGACAUUCAUCUUAAUAAUAAUUAUCUUACGAAAUAAGAAAGAUCUUCAGUUGUUAUUGUAUUGUUUAUUUUAUCAAGUACAAAGUAAUAACUUA